UAAAAUUUCAGAGAUCCCAAAAAAAAAAAAAAAACAGCAACCUUUACCUUGUUUUUAAACAUCCUAGUGUAAAACCACAGUUCUCGGUUGUAAUGUAAUAUUUUAACAAAAAAAAAAAUGUCAUAGAAAGACAGACAGACGGACAUAUAUUUAAAACAUGGCUAUGCAAUGUGUGACUGCAAUAAUGAAGUUAAAACAUAAUGAAUAAACACAUGUUGAAUCAAAGACUAAAAGGGAAGCUAGCGCAAAUGCUUGAAUGUGUCUCAAUUUAAUCCCCUUUCAAGACAUAUUCCAACAUAUGCAUGCGUGGCGGAGUCUCCAACAAUUAACAUAUUUUAAAAGGAUUGAUUAAAGUGACACAAACUGCAGUGACAGCAUUGUGUUGAGUGCCCCAACACAUCAGUGAUUUUCUUAAAAAAAAAAAAAUGUAAGCAUAGUUGGUUGUUUGUAAAGGUUUUGUUGGCAAAUUCAGCUAUAAUGUCAAAUGCACAUAUGAUUUAAAGUUGCGAUAAAAGCUUGUUUCAGGAAUUGCAGCGAGGAAGCAGCUAAGCGCGCGCUCUCUCUCUCUCUCUCUCUCUCUCUCUCUCUCUCUCUCUCUCUCUCUCUCUCUCUCCCUUCCGCGUCACCCAUCCAACCGCGCUCCUCUUCCUCCUCAGCCGCUGGAUGCUGCAUCAGGAGGAGCGAGGCUCCGUCUGGAUGGAGACCGACUGAGGAACCACCAGGGCCGGCGAGAAGGGGCGGUCAGACGGGGGGUACCAACGGCACAGAGCUCCUCCACCGUCUAAAGAUUUCCUGCCUGUCUGCCUCACCCGCUGCUGGAACAGGGUGUCUCUUGGGAAUUGAGUGCAACAUGCACACUCCCAAAAGUGUCUAGCAAGCGUCGGACUUGGCUGCAGAAGAUGGACGUGGUGGGAGCAGAGCGUCGCAGGCCCACCCCGGCGCAGACCCCCGAGGAGAGGGAUGUGUGGAAGGAUGGAGGGAGAGCCGGAUGGAGGGAUGCAGGCAGAGAGGGAUGGAGGGACAGACAAGAGAGCGGAGUGGUGCAGAGCUAUAGUUUUGACUCCUACCAGCUUGAGGAGGAAGAGAUCAGCAAAGGCAUCCCGGAGAGAGGAGUUCUGGCGCUGUCUGAGCCUGACUUUGAGGAGCCGAUCCCUGACGACCGUUACCAUGGCAUCUACUUUGCAAUGCUAUUGGCUGGAGUCGGGUUCCUGCUGCCCUACAACAGCUUCAUCACAGAUGUGGACUACCUUCACCACAAGUUCAGAGGGACGUCCAUCGUGUUUGACAUGAGUCUAACGUACAUCCUGGUGGCUCUUUUGGCCGUCCUCCUCAACAAUGUGCUGGUGGAGAGGCUCAGUAUGCACACCAGAAUCACUGUGGGCUACAUUUUAGCUUUGGGUCCUCUGGUGUUUGUCAGCGUAUUUGAUGUCUGGUUGGCAAAAUUCACUACCGGUCAAGCCUAUAUCAUCAACCUGGUUUCGGUGGGGGUAGUUGCCUUUGGAUGUACAGUGCAGCAGUCCAGUUUCUAUGGUUACAUGGGGAUGCUGCCCAAGAGGUACACACAAGGGGUGAUGACUGGAGAGAGCACUGCCGGGGUCAUCAUCUCCUUUUCUCGCAUCUUCACCAAGCUGCUGAUCCCAGACGAGAGCAGGAACACGCUCAUCUUCUUCCUCAUCUCCAUCGGCAUGGAAAUGAUGUGCUUCCUUCUUCACCUGCUGGUGCGCCGCUCCCGGUUCAUCCGCUACUACACCAGUCACACCCAGGGAAAAGUUCCGGGCAAAGGCCACGACCCCCGCGGCAACUCAACCGGCUACAGGGUUCAUCAUGACGUCACUGCGGAGGAGGUUAAAUUUGGGAAUGGUGGAAUGGGGCCGCCUACAGCAGAAGAUGCCGUUGAAGACUUUGUCAGUGGGACAUAUGUCCGAUUUGAUGCCCCAAAAAGCAAGAUCAGAAGAACCUGGCCUGGUGUCCGUGACAUGAUUUUGCAUCGUUACGUGGUGUCCCGGGUGAUUUGGGCCUACAUGGUGUCCAUAGCGGUGACCUAUAGCAUCACCCUGUGCCUGUUCCCCGGCCUGGAGUCAGAGAUGAGGAACCGCACCUUAGGGGAGUGGCUGCCCAUCCUCAUCAUGGCCACCUUCAAUAUGUCAGACUUUGUUGGCAAGAUCCUGGCAGCGCUGCCCUACGACUGGUCUGGAGGCCGCUUGCUCUUCUUCUCCUGCCUGAGAGUUGUCUUCAUCCCUCUCUUCAUCAUGUGCGUGUACCCGGCACACGCGCCCACCCUGGCCCACCCCGCCUGGCCGUGUCUCUUCUCCCUGCUCAUGGGCGUCACCAACGGCUACUUUGGGUCCGUGCCGAUGAUUCAGGCAGCUGGAAAAGUGGCACCGGACCAGAGGGAGCUGGCAGGCAACGUGAUGACGGUGUCCUACAUGACAGGCUUGAUGGUGGGCUCUGUUGUGGCGUACGCAGCUUACAGCUUCGCCGCUCCUCCACAGUCAGGCUUCUUCACGCUCAACUUACAUGCCAACACUACCGGCUUUUGAAUGUCUUCACAUGGUAAAUAUGCGACAGAAGCAGCGGGAAAAGGUGACGUGCUCCCAUUUUAAGGAACCGAUGAAGCAUUACAUACAGUAUCGUUCUAUUCUCCAGCCAGGAUGAGUGAAGAAUUCGGGGAUGUUGAUGGGAACUUUUUCACGAACUCUUCAGUGGUUGUCCUUUGGAGUGUUUCGCUAUGAAAUUAGUUUCUGCAUACUGUUGUGCAAAUGGCAUUCAUUCACUACUAUGUCACUUUUUGUGUAGCUGGAGAAAGUUAGUGCCCACGGUCCCUGAAUGCACCAUUAAAAACAACAACUGAAAUCAAUAAGGUAAAACUGUGCUGUGUUGGUCACAGGGGGAAACAAUUAAAUAGCUAAGAGUUGAAGAUGAAUCUUAAAAUGUUGUUUGGAUGAAAUCUGGAUAUUACAGAGCACAAACUGACAUUUGUUCACCCCCCCCCCCCCCACCCCACCCCACCCCCGAAAAAAAACUAAUGACAACUUUGUUUUUUCAGUCAGUUUGUCUUAACUUGGUAUUUUUUAAGACCAAAUUUAAAUUCAAGUUCAUACAAUAAUGUUGGAGUAGCACGGUGGACAACUGGUUAGCACACCUGCCUCACAGUUCUGAAGUCUGAGGUUUGAAUCUAGGCUUCGGCCGUCCUGUGUGGAGUUUGCACAUUCUCCCCGUGCUUGCGUAGGUUUUGUACGGGUACUUCCGGUUUCUUCCACAUUCCAAAAACAUGCACAUCAGCUCAUUGAGGAUUGUACAAUUGUCCAUAGGUGUGAAUUUGAGCGUGAAUGAUUGUCUGUCUCCUGUAUAUGUGCCCUACGAUUGGCAUGGCGACCAGUUCAGGGUGUACUCCGCCUCUUGCCCAAAGUCAAUUGGGAAAGGCUCCGGCUCACCCACGACCUUAAUGAAAUUAGUGGCAUACAAAGUGGAUCAACAUUGACCAUAUACUGUAAAUUCUUCAUCAAGCAGUAUUGAUCAUCUUUGACCGACCGUGUUCUUCGUGUAGUGAGUGUCGUGGUUUUUCUUUUGUUAUUGUUUCAUUUUUGUUUUUGUUUUUUUAGCUUAAAUGCUCUCCAUUUGAGUGCAACCUCCGAAGUCGAACACCCCAAAUGUAGUACAAUUUGGGAGUCAACCAAAAUGUUCUGGUUUUCAAACUUGGAGUUUAAACCGAUGAUUCGGAACGUCAAGGCUGACUUCUGUAAAUCUCGCAGAAGGAUUAACAUGAAAUUGUUUUGAUUCUUCUUUGACUUUUGUGUAUAUUUUUGUGAUCCCACCAUAGAGGAAAACCAAUGAUGGCAAAGAGGAAAAGUGAGAUGACAAUAGAAUCACAAAUAGAAGUGUCUGUCUAGUGCUAAGUACAAUAGUCCAUUAAUUUUACCAAGCGAUAGUAAAGUAUACACACUUAUUGUGCACUACAGUCUGCGUAAUAAUUCUGACCAGACUUAUAAAAUGCCACUAGGUGACAGUAUUGCUCUGAAGAUCACUGUUCGCUCUCCAUUAAGUGUCAAAGAGUGAGUGGUUUUAUUUAGCUUUUAUCACACAGUGGUUAACUUCUCUUUGUUUUUGACCAUUAGGAAUGUUAAGGUUUUCCUUAAAAUAUUGCUUGUGCAGUUAAUAUACGUACAUGUUCUAAAUUAAGGGUCACCAACAUGGAGCACAUACUGUAAGAUGCCUACAGGCCUGUUCUUGAAAAUAGCUCACCAGUGAUGCAACAUUGUGAUUUUCUAGGAAUGUUGUAGAAGUGAUCCAUUGGAAAUAUAAAUGCAGAAAUACUGUGAAGUGUUGCAUAAUGAUAUUUAUCUGUUUCCUAGCUUAAAUCAUUGUUGAUGAUUAUUGUGAGAAAUCAUUAACAUAAUCAGUCUUCACAGACAGUAGAUAAAUGUCUUUAAUUAUUAAUAGUAACAUAAAGGUAAUUUGAGCAUGUGUUAUUUCAGAAGUGUGUAUCAAACUGGUAACCCUUCCGAUUAAUCAGCAUGAAAUAAAUAGCUCCCAUCCUCAAAAGAGUUGGUGACCCCUGUUGUGAAGAUUGAAAAAAAUGUGUUCACUAUAUUAUUGGAAAAUUUGUUUCGAAAUCAAUCAGCACUACAGAACGAUUGUGUUCCACUUUGGAGGUUCUUCUGGACCAAUGUUGCAUUAUGAGGGGUAAAAACAAUGAGUGCCAAAAACAUCUACAAGAAAUGUUAUUAACGGAGAAAAGAGUGAAUGUAAAAACAACAGUCUCACUGUCAGAAACUUGAGGGUGUAUAUAUAUAUAUAUUGAGGAAUGACAUUUCCAACAGCAAGAUGUUUACAUGUCAGGGCUAACGAUAUUAUUGUUAGUUUAUUUCUGUGUGUCUUAUAAAGAGGCAGCCCCUUUCUUGUGUUUCGUGAGAAUUAUUUUUUUAAAUAAUCUUGUGGAUCAGUGGGACUAAUGUGGAGUUGAGAGUUUAUAUGUUACAAUGGAAAGUGCAGGCCUCAAGUGAACUGCAUCAUGUGGAGGGCAGCCUGAGUUGGACUUGUUAGAACCCAAAUUCUUUUUGUCCCACUGUCCUAAUGGCCUCUUACUUGUCAUCAAUGUAGAAAAAAUACAUUGCUGUCGUUUGGCCAGGUUCUAAUCAGAACUGAUUGUCACUGUCACAAUUUUAACCAAAUCUAAGUAUGGGAAGGCGCAAACUCUGACGCAACCCUUAGGGGUGUGGCUUUAAAUGGACCCUACGAAUGAUCGUACCCACUCAUAACCAAUUUGCAAAGUUAAUAAAAUAUCUUUCAUUCAAUUAAGGAACAUUACAAACCAUGUAUUGCUAAAUCAUUUUUUCCCCUUGCCGGUUUCCUUUCAAUUACAGUUAUUUUAUUGUCUUAUUCAUGCUGUGUUGAUUUAAUUACGUGUUUUGUUUUCUCUUGGAAGCAGUUUUGCGUAUUUGUGAUAUAUAUGUCUUUGUGCGUGGAAAGAUGAAAAGCAGUGCACUUUGUAAGUCGGCAAAGCUCUACGGCUGACAGGCAUUUACUAAGAAUGAGCAUACAAGAAAGUAAGAUAUUAAAUCUGUUAUCAACA